UCUGGUGGAUUGACAGUUUAUAUACACGUGCGUAGACACGAAUGGAACUCAUUAUAAUUGAACUUUGAAACUAUGAUGACAAUAUUAGGUAUCAAAUAGCAAUCAUAGCAUUAGCAUAUAGACGCACAGCGAGACGGAAAAGGUGUAAAUAUAACGCAUGUUUUGUUAAAUAAGUAAAUGAAAGAAAGACGGGCUAACCUGAACGAUAAACGAUGAAAUAGACAGCUAAAGGAUCUCGCCACAGAAAUCGAAUUGUUAUUAUAUAAUUUAUAAUGCGAUUUGCGAGACUUCUUUGGUUUAAUGUCUGAGAUUACUUGCUAACCGGUCGUCUUGGUUCCGACGAAACACUAUUCGAUUUCUUGCUAACCACGGUUCGAAGGAAUUUGAGACGAAUUAUACUGUAAAACGACAAUGGAAAAUAUGACAUCGAAAGACGGCAAUUGCGACGAUUUUAAGAAAGCUAAGAUGAAACGACGAAACGGCAAAGCAGCAUUAACACGGCUCGGGAAAGUUAUAAUAGUCCAAAUCGAGGGGAAACGUUCGACCGAUGAGGUUCAAAGGGCGCUUGAUAAUUAUGAACACGCAUUUGCCGACCUGGAAGCCAAACACGAAGAAGUGACAAUGCUAAUCGAAGAUGACGAACAGUUCAAUGAGGAAGAACGAUAUAUUGAACAAUGCCAGGAAACCUUUCUGCGCUUAAAAAUUGACGCGCAAGAUUAUAUAAAGCAACAGACGAAAAUAUCAGAGAUGAAACAAAAUACUGUCGAAACCGGAAGCGUAAAUACUCCCGCAGAGAACUUGUCGAAUGAAGAACAAAUUAACGAAAUCCCGGCCGGCGAAGAAAGUCAUGCAUCGAUACCGAAUGAAGAAAAUCAAGACAACCAGAUAUCAGCACCAGUAGCUCAAGAAACCCAAAGUCAUCCUGUACAACCCAGCACAUCUAUUAAUGAUUCAUCGUUCAACACAACUGAGAACACCGCGGAGACAGCAACUCAUAUAAGCAAAGGAGAAAGCCUAUUUCGAAUUGAGAAGCCAAAGAUGCCAAAAUUCACUGGUGACGUCAGAGAAUUUGGAACUUUUAGAGCGGACUUUAAGCACUUGGUGGAAAAUAGAUACAGUAAACGUGAUGCAAUAACCAUUCUGAGGUCUAGUCUCCAAGGAAAACCGCUGGAAAUGAUCAAGGGAAUUGGUCAAGACUAUGAUGCCGCAUGGGAAUAUCUCGAUUCCGUGUAUGGAGAUCCACGAUUUGUUGCUGACAUCAUCACUCACGAUAUCUCCAAGUUUAAGCCAAUAAAGGACGGAGAAGAUGCCCGGUUUUGCGACUUGGUCCAUUUAAUAAAGCGGAGUUUCAACACCCUUAGAGAAGUAGGACGGGAGAAUGACAUGGAUAACAACCACAUGCUGGCUAUCAUUGAACAGAAAAUGUUUACCGACGAUCGCAAAGUCUGGUCACGCUAUUUGGAGAGUUCAAAGAGUCAAGCCACAUUGGAGUCGUUAAUUUCCUGGAUGACAAGUGAGAUGAAGUCGAGAAUGAGAGCAACGGCACCAUUAAGAAGCUCAUGGCAGUCACCCAAGCAUGUUGGACAUGUUACUGGAAAAGAAGAUGGGAAGCCAACAAACCAUAAGUGCUGGUUCUGCAAAACGUCUGAACAUUGGACCGACCAAUGCCAAAAGUUCCUUGCCCAGAGUGCUAGCGACCGCCUGAAAGUUGUGAAGGAGAACCAUGCCUGUUAUAGCUGCCUGAAGCGAGCUGGUCGUGGUCACAACAUGUCAACCUGCUCUCGAAGGCGCCAGUGCAGCGAGACCAUCAGCGGAGUUCAGUGCAAGCAUUACCAUCAUCCACUAUUGCAUAUUUUAAACAUAUCUGCUGUGUCAUCUGUUACUACUAGCGGAGAGACUAUGUUACCGACUAUUCAGGCAGAAAUCCUGGGACCACAGAAGGUCAAGAAACAGGCUAAUAUGUUACUAGACACUGGUGCUCAAAUCAGUUUAAUACGGACAUCAGUCGCUGAGGAGCUGGGUCUCAAAGGCAAGAGUGUCACAGUAACAAUGGCGAAAGUUGGAGGAGAAGAAAAUGAGAUGUCAACAAAGAUGUAUCGAUUCCAAAUUCGAUCCCUCGAGAACCAGUCCAUCCACACAAUUGCAGCUGUGGGAAUCCCAAGUAUCAGUGGUGAUAUUUCCGGAAUGAAACUUGAUGGCAUAGCUGAAGCUUUCAACCUUGAAAGAGAGAAAUUACGAAGAGAGAAUGGUCCAAUAGAUGUCCUGUUGGGAAUUGAUCAACCGAAGUUGCACACUGGUGAGACAAAAGAAGCUGGUAAUCUUGUUGCAAGAUAUUCGCCAUUGGGAUGGGUUGUCUUUGGAGCCACGUCUGAAAAGUGUGACGUCAGUCAAGUCUACCAUGUCAAGUGUUCAAAUCCCAUCGAUAUGACCGACUUUUGGACCACCGAAUCAAUGGGCGUGGAAGGGAAUAUGUGUUCUUGUGAAAGCAAGAAGUUAAGUCCAGUUGAAGCCUACGAAGCCAAGAUUAUAGAACAAUCCUGCAAAAAGAUUGGUAAUAAAUGGUUAGUUUCAUACCCCUGGGUCAAAGAUGCAUCUGAAUUACCGGAUAACAGAAGCCAAGCGGAGAAGAAAUUGGAAACAACCGAGCGUCGAUUAGCCAAGAACCCAGAUCAUGCAGAAGCGUAUGACAAGCAGAUGAGGGAAAUGAGUGAAAUGAACUUCUCUCGAAAAUUAUCAAGUGAAGAAUUAAAGUCAUACAAGGGACCAACCCACUACAUAUCCCACCAUGAGGUAGUCAGACCCGAGAAGAAGAGCACCCCCAUCCGAAUUGUUUUCAAUUCCUCAGCAUCGUAUAAAGGGCACCGCUUAAAUGAUUACUGGAUGAAAGGACCCGAUUUACUAAAUAAUCUGUUUGGAGUUCUCCUACGAUUUCGAGAAAAUGAAGUGGCUAUCAACGCGGAUAUAUCCAAGAUGUAUCACAGAAUCCUAAUCCCGGAAAGAGAUCAACAUGUUCACCGAUACCUGUGGAGAAACAUGGAUACGGAUCGAGAACCUGAUGUUUAUGUCAAAACAGUCUUGACAUUUGGUGACAAACCAGCCCCAGCCAUGGCACAGACCGCGCUGCAAAAGACUGCUGAAGAAGGAGAAAAACGCUACCCUGCAGCUGCUGAAGUCUUAAAGAAGAAUACUUACAUGGACGACAUAUGCGAUUCGGUCCAUUCUGAAAAUCAAGCAAGAAAAAUAACAGCAGAGAUUGACGAAAUCCUUCGCAACGGUGGUUUUAACGUGAAGUGUUGGCUCUCAAACCGGUCAUUAAAGAAGAAUGAUGAAAGCGUUAUUGAAAAAAGUGAAUUGGAAUUAAAGCUCCUACAAGGCCCAGUUGAAGAGAAAGUUUUGGGAACUGUCUGGAACCACCACGACGACGUUUUUGGGUUCAAAGUGAUUCCUCCUGAACUAGUUAAACUUACGAAGAGAGCAAUACUAAGCCAAGUAGCUCGGAUCUACGAUCCUCUAGGAGUAGCUGCAGCUUUCCUGAUUCGCGCCAAAAUAGAGAUGCAAAAACUGUGGUUAGAAGGACUACAAUGGGAUGAUGAAUUGCCGCCGAAUCUCCAAAUAACGUGGAUACGAUUCUUCCAAGAGAUGAACGACCUGAACAACGUCACCUUCGAAAGGUCUCUUACGCCAGAUUCCGUGAUCGGAGCGCCAGUACUAUGCAUUUUCUCGGACGCAUCGAUUGAAGCCUUCGGAGCAUGUGCUUACAUCAGAUGGGAGACAGAAAACAACACCUUUGUAACCAGGUUCAUCGCAGCAAAGUCAAGAGUAGCCCCACUGAAGUCGCUGACCAUACCUCGUUUAGAGCUACAAGCAGCUGUCCUGGCGACACGAUUAUGUUGUUCUAUUCUCGAAGAGUCUCGAAUGAAGUUUGUGAAGAUAAUUUUCUUCUCUGACAGCCACAUUGUUCUUUCAUGGAUCCGUAACCAACCCAGAGAGUUUAAGCCGUUCGUUUCAGCCCGAAUUGCCGAAAUCCAGAGCAAGUCUGAACCAGAUCAGUGGAGACACGUUCCUGGAGAGCUAAAUGUCGCUGAUGAUGUGUCGCGAGGAAUACCUGCUCUGCAACUGACAGGCAGAUGGAAGUAUGGCCCCGAGUUUCUGAAGUUACCGGAGGAAGAAUGGCCGAGCGAGUCGUCUUCUGCUACCAUCACUAAAAGCGUGGAUAUCGAUCAGUCUGAACGUCGAAAAGUUCAACCUGUCUUUCAAGUAACCCAAUCGCCAGAAGUCAUUCCGUGCAAGAAGUUUUCCAGUUGGGGGAAACUUAUCCGAGUCACAGCCUAUGUGUUACGGUUCAUCAACACGCUACGAAACAAGCAUCAAAACAAAGACAACACAGAAACGACCCGACCGAAACCUCAGAUGAUCAUCCAGCAAAGGAGUUAG